AUGAGAGCACCCUGGAGGAAGAGCAGAACUGCUUCAGAGGCAGAUGGAGUGAGGAGGCAGAGGUGUUAUGUUGAUGACAAAGUGUCCAGAGUGGCCUGGCUCAAUCGAUCCAACAUCAUCUUCGCUGGACAGGACAAGUGGUCUCUGGACCCCAGAGUAGACCUGGUCACGAAAGGACAGCUCGAAUACAGCCUGCGCAUACAGAAGGUGGAUGUUUACGACGAGGGCACCUACACGUGCUCUAUACAGACGAAGCAGAAGUCUAAAACCUCACAUAUCCACCUCAUUGUACAAGCAAAGGACAAGCAGAUUGCAGACUAUAAGAAAAGAGUGAAACAGCUACAGGAGCAGGUGGAGCAGCAGCUGACCAGGCAAGAGCAAGAUGAGGCCAAAAUACUGGAGACCGAGAAGCGACUUCUGCAAGAACAGCUGACAGCGGAGAAGAGCCUGGUCGCACAGCUCCAAGAGCACCUCCAACAACUUAACUGCGAGAUGGAGGAGCUCAAGGGGAAGAAAGAGGCAGAUAUGAGAGGGUCCACGAUGGAAGAAGUUACUGACAAACCAGAAAACGGUGCAGAACUCUACAGCUCCAGGGAGGAAAAGCCAAUUCAAGCCAAACAGCUCGAGGAAGACCCCCAUCCCGUGUCUCUGCCUCAUGUAAGCCUCAUGGAGAAGCCCGUCCCAGCGAGGAGUGAGGCUGAGGAAGAGCCUGAAUCAGGGUCUGGCCGACAGUGGAGGAGGCUGCUCUGCUGCUGA